AUCACAUGCAGUCCUCUCCUCUCCCUCCCCUCUGCCCCAGCCCUUUAAAUAGCUUUAUACCACCAAGAAUUCAGUUGUGCUGGAGAGAGCAGGAGCAAGGAAAGGGAGGGACGUUUGACAGGCAAAAGUAGCAUUGCAGCAGUGGAGGGUGAGGGUCUGGAGCACCCCGUGUCAGCUCUGACAGAGCAGGAGAAGUCAGGGAUACCUAGGAACAGGGGUGUGUGCAUUUAGAUCUACAGUGCCACAUAAAUGUUUUGUAAUAACAGGCAGAGGGAAGAAGGGGAGAGAGAGCCCAGGGACAAGAAGACAACCCCAGCUCUCUGGUGAUGGCAUGGAUCGGACACUUUUCCAGCAGCUGUUUUACGUACCUCUCAGUCCUGUCACCGUCCAGUAUCCCUGAAGUGGCACAGCACAAGACUGAUGCACAGCUGCUGUUAGCAACCCAGCCAUGGCUGGAGAUUCUAGGAUCUUCAUGAACCAGGACAUGGACAUUGGAGUUGCAUCCAGAGAGCCUAAGAAGAUUCCCAAACAGGCUCGGGAUGAUGUCCCCAUUGCCACUGACCGAACCCGCCUCAUAUCAGCAGAAGGUAAGAAGCCACGCCAGCGUUACAUGGAGAAAAGUGGCAAGUGCAACGUACACCAUGGAAAUGUUCAAGAAACCUACCGAUACCUUAGUGACCUCUUCACUACACUGGUGGACCUCAAAUGGCGUUUUAAUCUUCUUGUCUUCACCAUGGUCUAUACCGUCACUUGGCUGUUUUUUGGGUUCAUCUGGUGGCUCAUUGCCUAUAUCCGGGGAGACCUGGACCAUCUUGAAGAUGAGAACUGGAUCCCUUGUGUUGAAAAUCUCAGUGGAUUUGUUUCUGCGUUUCUGUUUUCUAUCGAGACUGAGACAACAAUUGGAUAUGGCUAUAGGGUCAUAACAGAGAAGUGCCCAGAAGGCAUUGUAUUACUCCUGAUUCAGGCUAUUCUGGGCUCCAUUGUCAAUGCGUUCAUGGUGGGAUGCAUGUUUGUCAAGAUCAGCCAACCAAAGAAGAGGGCUGAAACCCUCAUGUUUUCUAACAACGCAGUGAUUUCGAUGAGAGAUGAGAAGCUGUGUCUAAUGUUCCGGGUUGGGGACCUUCGCAAUUCCCACAUCGUCGAGGCUUCCAUUAGAGCCAAACUGAUUAAGUCCAAACAGACCAAAGAAGGAGAGUUCAUCCCCUUGAACCAGACAGACAUCAACGUAGGAUUUGACACUGGAGAUGACAGGCUGUUCCUGGUCUCGCCUCUUAUCAUCUCUCAUGAAAUCAAUGAGAAAAGCCCCUUCUGGGAGAUGUCUCGCACCCAACUGGAGAAAGAGGAGUUUGAAAUCGUGGUCAUCCUGGAAGGAAUGGUGGAAGCAACAGGGAUGACUUGCCAGGCUCGCAGCUCCUACAUGGAUACCGAGGUGCUGUGGGGACAUCGCUUCACUCCUGUCCUCACCCUGGAGAAGGAUUUUUAUGAAGUCGACUAUAACAGCUUCCAUAGCACUUAUGAGACCAACACUCCUGUGUGCUGUGCCAAAGAACUGGCUGAGUCUCGCCGGGAAGGCCAGCUCCUCAGCCACCUCUCCAGUGCCACCCUCCUGAGCGGAGGCAGAGAAGCAGAGACAGCAAAAGAGGAGGAAGAGGAACAAGAGAGGGAGCCGGCAGGGUUGAAUGGAGCCAAUGGGACAGCAGGAGACGUGAAGGAAGACGUGUCUGUAUAACAUAUGAACUCUGGUGGACGGUAGAUACCAUAUACGCUUAUUGGGAGACGGUGGCCCAGUGAGUCAGGAAUUGGACGGGGAGUGAGGGACCUGAGAUUUAUGCCCACAUCUCUACUGUGUGCUGCUUGACUUGGCGAGUCACUGUACGUCACUGUGCCUCAGUUUCCUUCCUCUUUUAUCUAUACAGUGAGGUUCUGAGCUUUGCACUUGUUUGCAAAGCAUUUGAUCUCUAUGGACAAGGCUCACUAAAUACGAUCAUCACUGUUAAAAUUGAAAUUUAUGCCACUGUUUCUUUCAAAAGACAUUCAUUGGACGGUCGAAAUUAUCCCCCCUUUGAGAGGCUAUUUAAAAAGUAAAAAUCUAGGCUCUCUCAUCACAAUAAGAAGAAUGUGUUUUCAUACCUUCACUUAAUCUGUGAGUCAAUAUAUUG